CCCUCGCCCGCGGCCCCCUCCCCGCCUCUCUCCGCCGCUUCUCUCGCUCCCGGGUCAGAGGGCCGGAGCGAGAAGAUGGCGAAGACGUACGAUUAUCUCUUCAAGCUGCUGCUGAUCGGCGACUCGGGGGUGGGCAAGACUUGCCUCCUGUUCCGCUUCUCCGAGGACGCCUUCAACACCACCUUCAUCUCCACCAUCGGAAUUGAUUUUAAAAUCAGAACGAUAGAACUAGAUGGAAAGAAAAUUAAGCUUCAGAUAUGGGACACAGCAGGUCAGGAAAGAUUUCGAACCAUCACAACGGCAUACUAUAGAGGAGCCAUGGGAAUUAUGCUGGUCUAUGACAUCACAAAUGAAAAGUCCUUCGACAAUAUUAAAAAUUGGAUAAGAAACAUUGAAGAGCAUGCCUCUUCAGAUGUUGAAAGAAUGAUCCUGGGUAACAAAUGUGAUAUGAAUGACAAAAGACAAGUGUCAAAAGAAAGAGGAGAGAAGUUAGCAAUUGACUAUGGGAUUAAAUUCUUGGAGACAAGUGCAAAAUCCAGUACAAACGUAGAAGAGGCAUUUUUUACACUUGCACGAGAUAUAAUGACAAAACUCAACAGAAAAAUGAAUGACAGCAAUUCAUCAGGGUCAGGGGGACCAGUGAAAAUAACAGAGAACCGAUCAAAGAAGACCAGUUUCUUCCGUUGUUCACUACUUUGAUGAACUCUUUCUGAGAGACUGCAGCACACCUCAAGGACCCUUUCCUGCUUCUCUGAAAGCACAGGUCGGCCAGCCUCAGAAUCACACCACCCGGCUGCAGCUGAGAGCACCACUGAACCUAGACUUCUCGACACAGAAUGCCACGUGGAUUCCAGCCUUGUGGCCUAUCAAGAUAACAGGCUCCUUUUUUCAAACAUGGAAGCAAUGAUGUGGAGACAUACGGAGGACUUAACUUGUUUUUCCUUUUUUGUCCCAGAAGCUGCUAUCUUUUCUUUUUCACUUUGCACAUCAGUGUUAGCCUGUCCCUGCUACAACACAGUCUCAGACUCAUAUUUGCACACUUAUGCCUCAUGAAUUCGAGACAAAUUUGUGCGCUUGGGAUGUUUGAAAAAAGUAAAACAUUUAAAGCAGAGGUUAACAUACUAAAAUUAAAAGAUGUUUGGUCUGGGUCAUGUGGCCAAAUGUUAUUGCAUUGAUAGAAUUUUUUUUAAGGGCUCUAAUUUGUGAUUUCCUUAAAUAAGAAUCAUUAAAUUCUGAUAAAAGUCAUCUUAAAAAUUCAUUUAAAAUUGUCCGUCUAUUCGUCAGAGGCCACAAUUCCUUUAUUUCUUCAGAUUGUUUAGAGUUUUGUUUCAUUCCUGACCUUUUUGCUGGAGAGUUUGGGUCACUGAAUAAGUCCCUUUUUCAAUUGAUUACCUCUCUCUGAUCAAUAGAAGCUACAUUUGGAAAUCACCUUAAUCUUGCGUUUCCUGGGGUUUGUAUUUACUAUUCUUGCCUAUGUAUGACCUGUUGUAACCAUGCUGUUAUCAAAAACAUAACAUAUUUGAACAUUGUUGUCUAAUUGUGAACUUCUUGAGCUGAAAUUUUACAUAGGCAGAAAGAUGUACCAUUUAUGUCUUAUUUUAGCAUCUUAUUGUGGUUCUGUCACAUCAGCAAUGUAAUAGAUGCCCAGUAUAUUUUUUCUUAAGUUCACUCUUUAGCUUGCUCCUUUAUUUGUAAUACCCAGUCCCUACUGUGAUCCCUGUCUGCAAGAGUCAAUAAGUAUUAGAUUUAGAUUUUUGUCUGUAGAAAGCAUACCUAUAGGGAGAGAUAUUAACUUGUUGAUAUAAAUGUAAUAGAGAUAGCUCUUGGUAAUGGUGAACAGAAUGGUUUUUUGUUCUGUUUUUAUUUGGACUUUUUUCUUUUUGUUUAAACAAAGGUAAUUAGACCUAGUGCAGCCUCUAGGUAAAGUCUUGCCUUUUCGUUAGAGAAAAUAGGGGCAAGGUUUCCAUUUUAAAACAGCUGUUGUUGAAUGCGGAGAACCCAGUUCCAUCUGUUCGGGUUUGUUCUAGAACUCGGUCCAGGCAUUUGGGCCAAAGCCAACCAAAAGCUUAGCUGCCUUUCUCACCAGACACUGGUACUGGUAUACCUUUUGUAGAUGAAACCUUCACAUAAGGAAAAAAAAAAGCUGUUUAGCGUUAACUUAUGUGCCAAAUUCAGAUCAUCAUGUUGUUGUUGUUAUUCUAGCCUUCAGUGUCAUAAUACGGAAGGGAAUAAUGAGUAGGUGAUUAGGGAAAUGAAUUCUGUCAGUAAUUAUUCUUCCUGUUAGGCCUUUUUUGUUUUACGAAGGUUACCAUCAUGCUUGAUAGUUGAGAGUGAAGAUGAAAAUGGAAAUGGAUUGCUUGUUACCACAGAGCAUCCUGCUUCAGAUUAAGACGUAGCAUUAGAAUGCUUGGACCAAACGUUUACUACUUGUUUGAAAACUUAUGUACAAUUUAGCAGCAGCAAAUAUACCAGAAUGAUUUUUGAUGGAUACACUAAACUUAAUGUUGACAAAUUUCAGCCUUCUUGAUUUUUUUUUUUUUUGUACUUACCUGUAGGCCUACAGGCACCUGUUGGUGUCCCAGUAUAAUCAGUAGUUGCUUGAUUGAAAGUUGGUUGUACAUCUACCAUUUUAAAAUUAGAUACAUUUUUGGAAAGAAAAAAAUAAUUUCUUAGAAACAUCUUGUAUUUACUAAUUUUCUGAAAAAGAUCCAAGCAGUUACAUUUUCUGAAUGGUAACGAAGUACUUUCUAAAAGGCAAGUGCUAUGACACCAUGUAUGAAUGUAAUUCUCCUAGUAAUUUACCUCUGACUAUUUGGUGUCUUAACACUUUGGUUUAUAUCUCAGGGGUUGUCUGCAAACCAAAACUGACAUAUUCUGUGGUUAGCUUUUUUUUUUUUUUAAACACAUUGCUUUGCUUUUGUUUCGUUCCUUCUCUCUUCUUUUGUCUUAUGUGGGUUAAUAAUUAGUCUCCAUGAACUUCCCUUUGAAAGAGCCUGUAAAAGUUAGAUGAGUCUAAAAGUGCUCUUUGAAGUAGCAGCGAUUAGGGGGUAUAUGCUCUGUUAUAUAGAAAAAAAUCAUCCUUUGCUAUUUUCUUACAUUUAGCUUUGCUAAAUUGUAUAUAAUUUGAGCUAAGACCAUAGGAAAUUCACUUUCUGCAUGGUAAAAUGACCCAAUAAAUAUUCCACUUUGCUUAAUAAUGUACAUAGAGUGCAUUAUUUUUUCUAUUUGUAGAUGAAUUUAGUGACAGAUUAUUGUCUGUUCCCUGCUGAAACUGAAGAAAUCUAGUUUUGUGUGAACAUGUUUGUGGUCUUAUGGAUAAGGUACAUGAAGACUUUUGCAGCAGUAUUCGUGGUUCAGUGGCCGCACUUUAUUAUCAGUGUGCUAAUUUUUUGACAAUGAUUGGACUAGACCUUUUCACCUAGAGUCUGAGGAGAUCAGACGCUGAAAAUGUGCUGUAACUCAGUAGCAUGUAAACCAGUUGAUUGUAAAACGUUUCACUGGGAAUUUAUUUUAGCCAUGUUUUACUUCAUACAGAUUAUGAGAAAAUAAUCCACCUGUGCAUCAGUUAGGAGGUGCCGCAGGGUUUCUUACUAUUUACAUGAACAUUUUGGGCAGUCUUUGUUAUAAAUGUUCAGAAGACUAUACUCUUUACUUUGAAGGACUGUUUUUUAAUUAUACCUCAUUUAGCUAACUAGUAUUCUAAUACCUGGUAGAAAACCGGUGAGCCAGCCUUUAAGCAUCCAACACCAUUUAGAUUAUAUGUUUUGUUUUGGACUAAAGACAUCAUUGGAAAAGGUAGGAAAUAGUUUACUCUAGAAUAGAACAUACAUGUCAUAUCCACUAGUGCAAACAAGGUGUGAUCUCCCUGUCUCCAUUAAGCAAUUUAGCUGUGCAAUAUAGAUGAACGUUUGCAGAAAUUUCUAAGA